AUGCCCGUCACAUUCUCCGUCGUCAACCAUCUAGCAACCACUUGGACAACAUCCAAGGUUGAAACAACAGAAAGCCUCUUGAGGGGAACCUCUCCUCGAGAUUACCGCCGCUGCCAACGCAUCAUCAGAACCUCAGUCACUCCAUCCCUUCUGCAAGAGAAUCACAUCUCCCCAUCCAGGAACGGCCUUGUAUGGUCUGCGUAUCAUGCUUAUAGCCAGCAUCACCACCUAACCAUCCGUCCUGAGGACGUCUGGUUCUCCAUCUUGACCCAGCUAAGUUUUUUCAUCAACGCCAACGCCGAAGAGCUUCGAUCCUUUUUCGUCGCUCAUGAGGGCAAGAAAGAGCUUACGGUCUUUGAGGCUGCGACCUUGGAGACCGCCAACAUCGGGGCUUUGGCUCAACAGCUGGCAGGGCUUGUGAGCAAGAAUGUCAAAGACCCUGAACUUGGGGAUUGGGUCAUGCCUAGCUUCUCGACUACGACCGACACUGACCGAGUGGUUGCUUCUGUUCUGUUCAUGGGAGCCAUGCAGAAGUACUUUUCCUACGGGAUGUGUUUGACUUGUGGAAUUCCUUCUGUUACACUCCUGGGCGAGAUCUCGGACUGGGAAGCUAUCUUGACAAGAUUAGAUCGCCUUGAUCUACUUGGAAAGGAGCCUACAGAGUUCGCUGAGAUGCUGAGGCCGAUCCUCAAGCACAUGAUUAUAUCUUUCGAGAAGCCAGAUGAUGCGGAGAUUAAGCGAUUCUGGAACACCAUAGCCACGCGAAUUCCUGCGGAUAGCGGUAUCGAUUACAUCACAGGAUGGAUCACAGCAUUCUGCUUCUGGGAUGAAGAAGGAAAGUCGAAAUACCGCCACGCCACAGUACUUGGUGAGGUAGCGUACCCAUCUGUCGACAUCGAUAAGGUCCCUCUUGGGGUUGCAUCAGUGCCAGUUGAGAUCAAUGACAACGGGAACAUCAUCCCCAGCAUGAUGGUUGCUGGGUCAUUUGGAAUUCAGGCGACAGCGAUGACUCAGGACACUCCGACAGAGAACACGUCUUCGAAUGGGGGUAGCUUGAGAACACGACUUGGCAGUCUUGUCGGUUCUCAGCAGGAAUCGACCGAAGGUACAGCUUCUGAUUCAGAACUCAACGCGAUUCAACCCCUCUCAGGCUGGAUUAUGUAUGAGGAUGAGUCCAAGGAAGCAAUUGCGGCGAGGGAGAAGGAGAGAAAGGCUUCACGUGAUAAGCGUGGGUUUGGGAUAUCGUACUAUGACGAUGAACUUGGCGAGUAUAUUUCUUAUUAA